GACAGCCUGCAAGGUUGGUCCCCUUCCCCUGUCGCAGGUAAGAUCGGAGUGACGGGCUAAAGGGCGGUGACGGCAGAGCUACGACACACGAACACAGAGCUACAACAAGGGAGGGUUUCGUACAAAACUUGCUGGAUUUUUCGGGCAAGAGACUUUACAAGUUUUAUAAUUCCAGGAUUUUUUUUUCUUCUCCUCAUCGUUUGGCCUGAGAAGUUAAAAACCUUGUUAAGAAAUGAGUGCCUGCGCUACAGCGCUGAUUGUCAUAGCGACCAUUCUGGGUCCCAUCACCCUGGUCUUCAUGUCAGUCUCCUUCGGCACUGACCACUGGCUGGAGUUCCGUGUUGACCGAAGUCUGGUUACAGAACCGGAUAUUAAGAAUACAGAAGGAGCCAAAAUCUACCAUUCCAGAGACCGGGGAUUGUUUAGGGAAUGUUACCCUGGCAACGACACAGCCUUUUUGGACACUGCCAAAGACAAGGUAGACGGGUACUGCUUCAACAUUGACUACGAUAUGCCAGAAAACAGCAACAGCUACAGUGAUUACUUCAUAUCCAGAUUACACUUGAACAGAUGCUUCUUGGCAUUUUUCAUCAUAGCCAUUGUGUUGUUUGUCCUGGCCUAUGUGUUUGGCCUUAUUCUGUGCUGCCUGCGCUUCUCACGUUGGGCCUACAUAGCUGGACUCUUCUCAUACUCUGCUGCCUUCUCACUAGCAGCUGCCAUUGCAUUUUUCCAUGGAGCUGAGUACAUUGAGAGGAACAAGAUGACUGAUGCUUACUCUUACAGUCAAUGGUCUGCCCUAUUGAAGAACGCCACCACACGUAACUAUGGAUGGUCCUACGCCCUGGGCUGGGUUGGAAUGAUCCUGGCAGCUCUAGCAGCAACCUUCUACUCCCUGGCCGGAUGUUACAUCACCAGUGAACGCUAUGAGGACAGGGAAGUCCUGGAAAAGCAAAGACCAAGGGAUUACCCCAUAGCUAUGGAGCCAGUGUAUGCUGUGGGAUCUGACCCUUACUACACCAAGCAAUACGGGUACCCUCGUGCAUAUCUUGGACCAAUGGCACCUGAAUACUACGCCAGGAGUUACCCCACACUGAGCUAUGGUGACCCAUCCAAAGAUAUGUGGCACUGGCGUGAGAUUGAAAGUUAAAUGUUUAAACAACAAGAAAUCACUGGUGGAUUAAAUUUUUGGGAGGGUAAAAAAGUAGAAAAAUAUUUUUUUCGGAACAAUUAUAACUAGGAUAAACAGGGACAUGUUUUUUAAUAAAAAGAGCAAUCAGAAAACAAUAAGUAUGUAUUUUUAUAAUUUGUUGAAAAUUUUAAAUUUUAGACCAGGUACUAAUACAAUUUGAAUACAUUUGUUUAUCCUUUACCUUAAACAACUCCAUCGUUUUUUAAUACAAUUUUUUUUUAACAUUUACUAAUUUAAAUGAGGAUUUCCAAUAUUUGGUUUUUAAAGGUGUUAUUCUUAUUUUCAAAAGUAAAAUUUUUUAAAAGUUAUUCAGUGCUUUUUCCAACUUACUUAUAUUUUGUUCUUUUUUUUUUAAAGGAAAAAUUAACUUUUAAAGCAGCCACUUGGGCAUAAUCUUUGCUUUGUUAAUUUUAGAAAACUAGCUAUCCACAAGUGAAUUUAAUUCUACUGAUUGUCAUCAUCAUACAUUUUAUAAUUUUAACCUGUUAAGUCUAACCUAAAUAAUUUAAUUUGUAUAGAAUGAACCACUCUUACAAUAUAGCUCUUCAAUAUUAGGAGUGUUCAAAUGUUCAUUUAUCUAUUGUUCUCACACAAUAGUUAAUUUUGCUAAAAUGUUAUGAGUGAAAAAUUAUAAUAUUUAUCUAAGACUUAUUAUUUUACACCCUUAAAAUUUCAGUUAGGAAUAAUCCGGAAUUAGAUUUUCAUAUUUGAUCAGUGGAUUACUCUGUUAAUUGUUUACUUAAAGUAGUAAGUUUUUUUUUUAUCUUGAAAGGUUAGGGGAAAUGCUUUUUAUUAAACAUGUAUAUCAAACUUAUAUAUUUAUAUAAUACUUCAAUGAAUUGUUAAUCCUUACUAUGCAAUGCGUGACUGUAUGUGUAUCAGUGGUUUAGGAGUAUGCCAGGUGUGUCAAUGUGUCAAGGUAACUUGUUGUGUUACCUGUGAGAAUGAAAGUCAGGUUUGUGUCACAUUUCCUUCACCUGGUUCGUUCAGGUGAGGUUGGCUGUGUAGUUAUGCAAUAAAUAUAUAACUCGUUCAUUGUUAUUUAAAUAAUAUAAAUGUAUGUUAACAUUUCAACCAUGACUGUAAAGAAUAUUAUAGACAAUUAUAAACAAGGGAUUAAUGCUAAAUUUUUUUUUUCCGUUUCACAUACAUCACAAUAAUUUUGUUUUCCAUAUUUAAAUUUAUUUUAAAACAAAUUGUUUCCUAAAUUGUUUCAUUUAUUUUAUAGUUUGAUUUUUAAACUAAAUUUCAAAUUAAAAACUGUUUUUACCUCACUUCCACUCAUAGUUGUACAAAUGUAAUCACCAUAGUAAUCCUGUUUUUCAUUCUUUAUGUAUAAACACUCUGAUUAAAUCAAAUAUUUAAAAAUUUUAGUAACUACAUUUUUAUUUUUAUAAUACCUUCAUUAAAUUUUUAAUGCUAUUAACAGAAUACUGUUUUACUUUUAGAUACAAGUAAUUAGGUAAAAAGAAACAGAUGAUUUAAGUUAUAUUACUAAAAUUAACUUUUGUUCUUUUCUUAGGCUUAAGCUGCCAACUAACUAAAGCUAUUGUGUCAAAUUUUAUAUAUUUCCAAAUAUUUGUAUAAAUUCAACAUCCCUUAACAAAAAUUACUUCAUAGCAUUUGUAUAUUGUACAUAAGUUAUUCCAUAUGCUAUUAUACCUAAAAAAAAAUACACUUUUCUUAAUGUAUAAAAUGUUUAGAAAAAAUCUAUAUUCUAAAGGUCUAUGAAUAAAUAUUUUUUAAAAA